UGUGCGCGAAAUUGAAUUUCCACAUAACGAAUUUAGUGCUGUGUCCAAAGGAAAGAAAGUGUUGAGUUGCAGCAGGUAAAAAGGCCAAACGUAAGGCAAAGCGCAUUUCGUUCAUCGAACGGCGAUAUCUAUUAGUUUUUCAUUCAUUUGAAUUUUUAUUUGUUUAGAUGAAGUUGCAUUAGAAAUCACAAAUCAUCAUUUUCGAAAUUUGCCAAACAAAAAUUACUAAAAUUGUGAUUUGUGAUUUCUAAUGGAAAAUUUCAUUGUUCAACUGAAAUCGAUUCAGUUUUUCUUUUCAAACAUUUUCACGUUUGCUUAGUGAGUUUAAAAUCGGAUCACUGCAAAUUCAAAAAACUCAGCGCAGUAAAUUUUUAAAGUUGAAGCUGAAGCUAAAGCGAAGGACUAGCGGGAUUGAAUAAACGUCGGAGUACACAGAAAAGAGGCUGCAGUAAAGCAUGGAUGUCAACGAAUAUCGGCGGCGGGGCAAAGAGAUGGUAGACUAUAUCGCCGACUAUUUGGAAAACAUUCGUGAUCGUCGCGUAUUUCCUGAUGUCAAGCCGGGUUAUAUGAAGAAUCUGCUGCCGGAAUUCGCGCCAGUUGAGGGUGAAAAUUGGGAUGCCAUAUUUGCUGAUGUGGAGCGGGUCAUUAUGCCGGGCAUCACACAUUGGCAAAGUCCAUAUAUGCAUGCCUACUUUCCAGCGCUCAAUUCGUUUCCUUCACUGCUGGGCGAUAUGUUGGCGGAUGCCAUCAAUUGCUUGGGUUUUACAUGGGCGAGUUCACCCGCCUGUACGGAGCUCGAAGUGAUUGUCAUGAAUUGGCUAGGCAAAAUGAUUGGACUGCCUGAUGAUUUCUUACAUUUGCACAAUAAAAGUCCAGGUGGCGGUGUCAUACAGACGACUGCGAGUGAAUCUACACUGGUGUGUCUGUUAGCGGGGCGUACACGUGCCAUACAACGCUUCCACGAACGACAUCCCGGCUUUCAAGAUGCGGAAAUCAAUGCGCGACUUGUUGCCUAUUGCUCCGAUCAGGCACACUCGAGCGUCGAGAAGGCAGCGCUUAUAGGACUGGUGCGUAUGCGUUUCAUUGAGGCCGAUGACAGUUUGGCAAUGCGUGGUAAAGCGUUGCGCGAGGCCAUCGAGGAUGACAUUAAGCAAGGCCUUGUGCCGUUUUGGGUAAAUCUGUAACUAAAAAUACAACAAAUUAUUUAUGUAUAUCCUAUUAGUUUUAGAUAACAAAA